AUGUCGAAAGAUGGCAAUGUGCAAAAGGACGCCGCCGAGACCACAUCGUUGUUAAGCGCGGCAGCCGCCAACAAUAUCUCCAAGAAAUGCGGUCAUCCUGGCCGUGAUGUGGAAGAGGUGGUUCCCUUGCAAGACGUCCCCUUCUCGAGGCUGGUCCUUAUCAUGUGUACUGCUUGGACCGGUGUCUUCCUCGGUGCUAUGGACGAGACCAUCAUCGCUACGCUGGCAGGCCCCAUUACGAGCGAGUUUGAAUCUCUUUACCUGCUGUCCUGGCUUGCUACGGCUUACCUCCUUUCCAGCGCUGCCUGUCUACCCGUCAUGGGCCGCCUUACAGACAUCUUCGGCCGCGGUCCCGGCUUGGUCUUGUGUAACGUCCUCUUUGCUUCCGGGAACCUCAUCUGCGGCCUGGCUACGGAUCCGCACGUCGUGCUUGUCGGCCGCGUCAUAGCAGGCAUGGGCGGUGCCGGCCAAAGGAGUAUCGCCAACUUUCUGGGCUCUGACUUGAUCCCGCUGCGCAAGAGAGGCAUAGUUCAGGGCAUUUCAAAUGCGUUUUACGGAUCCGGUGCUAUGCUCGGCGGUGUUUUUGGCGGCAUCCUCAACGACCACACUGCACUUGGCUGGAGAUUGGCCUUCCUCAUCCAGGUGCCUCUGGCCCUCCUCUUAGCAAUCGCCGUUAUAGUUCUCGUCAAAGUGCCCCCCAAGCAGUCCGAACAGUCGUAUGUCGCACGUAUCGACUUUCUUGGCGUCUUUAUGGCUUCUUCAUCUAUUGUGCUGCUGCUUCUUGGUCUAAACUCCGGUGGAAACAUGGUACCUUGGACACAUCCCUUGCCCCUUACAGCUAUCCCGCUUUCGCUAUUCCUAUUAACAGGCUUUGUUUGGUGGGAGCAAAGAACCCAACAGCCAAUCAUCCCGGUGAAGCUUGUGCUUGAUCGAACCGUCCUCUCCUCUUGUUUGACCAGCUUUUUCUCCGACAUAGUCCUCAUGGCUGCACUCUUCUACGUACCCCUUUACCUCCAGGUGCUCGGCGAGUCGACUACCACCGCCGGCCUCAGGAUUCUGUCAUCCCCUGUUGGUGAAUGUCUAGGAGCCCUUGGGUCGGGAUAUAUUAUGAAGCAGACCGGGCAGUAUAUUCGACUGGGCCCCCCUGGUCUGUCUGCCCUGACUCUUGGCACCGUAUUGCUUGUACUCCAAAGCGAGAGGAGCCCGGCCUGGUUAACCAGUCUGGCAUUCUUUUUCGUAGGAGCAGGCUACGGUGCCAUGUUGACAACUACACAGAUUCCGUCCAUCGCUGCUGUUGACCACUCGCAACAAGCCGUUGUAAUGUCUACCAUUUAUUUUAUCCGGAGUAUAGGUGCCACUAUUGGAAUAAGCACUGCAUCCCUGGUGUACCAGAAUAUCUCUACCCGACAACUGUGGGCAAGAUUCGGUAACAGGCACGACGCUGCUGAAGUCAUUGGUCGUAUUCGGGACAGCCUGACUGAGCUGAAACACUUGCCAGCGGAAUGGUAUGGUGGAGUGAUGGCAUCCUUCAUGGAGGCAUUUCGAGGCGUCUGGAUAAUGCUUCUUUGCUGCUCGGUCCUGGCACUCGUCAGCGUCUCACUGCUAAAGCAGCAUCAACUUCAUGCUACGCUAAGCAGGUGUUGA